AAGAGAACAGAAGAGAAGGAAGAAUAACAUGAAAAUGAACGAGAAUGGGGAGGUUAAUCAAGCUGAAAUAGAUAGGCAGAAGAAAAUAGACGAUUGGCUACCAGUAACAGCAUCUCGCAAAGCAAAAUGGUGGUACUCAGCAUUUCACAAUGUAACUGCAAUGGUUGGUGCUGGAGUUCUUGGCCUCCCUUUUGCUUUAUCUCAACUCGGAUGGGCUGGUGGUCUAAGUAGCUUAAUAGCCUCAUGGCUAAUCACAUUCUACUCCUUAUGGCAACUAGUAGAAAUGCACGAAGAGGUUCCAGGCAAACGCUUUGAUCGCUAUCAUGAACUCGGUCAACAUGCAUUUGGUCCAAAAUUGGGGUUAUGGAUUGUAGUUCCACAACAAUUAUUCGUUCAAGCUUCAACAAAUAUCGUCUAUGGAGUCACUGGAGGAAAAUCCCUUAAAAAGUUCUUUGAUUUGCUUAUUCCUUCAGUGAAGUCAGUUAAGCUGACAUACUACAUUUUUAUCUUUGGCGCUAUUCAAUUAAUACUCUCUCAGACUCCAAACUUUAACUCGUUGAGGGGAGUUUCACUGCUUGCAGCCUUCAUGUCAUUUUGUUACUCAGCAAUAGCUCUUAUCGCCUCCGUAAUAAGAGGAAAAGACCCAGGGAUAAGUUACGGCGUUCGCUCCUCAAACAUACAGCAGGAAUAACCUUUGAUGUAUUUUCAAAAUGCUUUAGGCACAAUAGGCUUUGCAUUUGCUGGUCACAGUGUGUGUCUUGAGAUUCAGGCCACAAUUCCUUCAACUCCCGAGAAACCCUCAACGAAGCCGAUGUGGCAAGGAGUUGUGGUUGCUUACAUCAUAGUGGCAAUUUGCUAUGUGGGUGUUGCAGUUACAGGGUUUUGGGCUUUUGGUAAUGUUGUUGAAGACGACGUGCUUAUGUCUUUGGAGAGGCCUAAUUGGUUGAUUGCAGUGGCUAAUUUUAUGGUGUUUCUUCAUGUUCUUGGGAGCUAUCAAGUAUUUGCCAUGCCAUUGUUUGAUAUUCUAGAAUCAUUCCUUGUUCUCCAAUGCAAAAUGUCCCCUGGUAUACGGCUUCGUUUGGUAGCUCGAAGUUUAUACGUAUGUUUCACAAUCUUAAUAGGAGCUUGUAUUCCUUUCUUUGGUGGGUUGCUUGGAUUUUUCGGAGGAUUGUUUUUCGCACCAACUUCAUACUUUCUUCCUUGUAUUAUGUGGCUCAUUCUUCGCAAACCAAAGAUAUUUAGCCCUCACUGGAUAGCGUGUUGGAUUUCAAUCAUUCUUGGGGUUCUCUUGAUGAUUUUAUCCCCUAUUGGAGGCUUAAGAUCGAUCAUUCUUUCAGCAAGUUCAUACAAAUUCUUCUCAUAGGACAGUUUAUAGAUUGUACUUAAGAUUGAAGCAUCUCAUUAGCUUCAUUAGUAAUCUUGCUAGUUCAAGAAAUUAAACCAAAAUUUUUAGGAUUUGGAAAUUGAGGAACUAGGGUGUAGGUGCACUCAAACUUUCAUCGCCAAAGAUUUUACAGGGUAAGGAAAACUUUUUAGUUUGCGGGAUUUCUCCUAUAAAUGAUUGGAGUCCACAUUUCUCAUACUUAGUUUUCAUGUAUUAAAGCUCGAACACUAUGAGAUUCGCUUUAUUACGGUUGUAAUUUAACAAACUCCCCAAGAAAUUCAAUAAAGGUUGCAAUUCGUAAGA